AUGAAGACACCAACACUAAAGAUUUUUUUGGCUGCUAUAAACUAUGAUGGAGAGACUUUUGGAAAGGUCCUUCCUUGGAUAAUACCUAAAGUACAGCAUCAAGCUGAUGUAUGUAUCUAUCGCUUUAAUUCACCCGUGAAUGAUAAAAGUAUCGUUAUUCAAUUAUUAUUAUCUGGAGACUUGAUUAGUGUUAUCUCACAGAAAUUUCAAUUUUCCCUAUUGCACGACACUUACAGUAACGAAGAGGGAAUAUUCAGGGAUGAAGAGCUCGAAGAAAAUCACAACGUCAUCCUACCAAAAUUACAUAUUCUUGUGCUGGACUUUUCUGUUGAGUUUUCGACUAUAGUGAAUAAACGUGACUACAAUAACGCGUUCCUGACUACUUGUCAAGCAGCAGAUUGGGAUAAUCGCGAAAAGAAACGUCUGCUAAUCAUCAUGGACACGUAUGAUUUACAACCUAUUGCAUUGAUCAAAGAUGAUGUCGAAUACAAUGCACUCACACGCGAGAAAAUUCUACAUGUUUUCAAAAAUGACAGAAUGAAAGUGUACCCCUUAGUUCCGAAACAAAGUGUGUCCCAUCAGUACCGCAUCACCGCAUUUGCGACAAUACAUCAUGAAUUGCAACUAUAUUUAACUGAAAAACGAUAUGGCUAUGCUUUUAACCAAGAUUGGUCAAUCCACAAAAGGAUGAGACGAACUUUGGAUGCUCAUCGAGAAUCAUUUCGAACAAAAAAUGGGGGAUCAAUGUGUACCUCAAUUCCUCCCGAAGACACGAAAUACAAAAACGUAUACCCUACGACAAUAACGGAUGCAGAUGGCACGAAACUUGUAAUUGGAACAAAAAAGUUUAAUGCAUCAAUCACUUCAAGUCUACGUUUACAUGCACCUUUCAACUCAGAAGUCGGACCAAGCGCCAUGUCCUUUAAUCUGAGCGACAGUUCCAAAGCAAAAGUUACUACCAUCUUCGUCAAGGGAUCGGCUUGGAAAGAAGCAGCUGAAAUUGCUCGAAAUAACAAUUUAUACCAACUGCGAACUCGCUUUCACCAGCAAUCAACCUACUUUCUUUGUCGAGCAAGCAACGAGACAGUAGGUAAUUUGGCGGCUAGACCAUAUACCAUCUAUACUCUCGCAGAAUGGGAUAAUGGCAAUGACAAUGCGGAUUAUCGUACUGCAUUCAAGCUCUUCCAAACAAUCACAAUCAAUGUAAUAUGUGGGAACCCUCGUUUAGAAAAAUACACUAUAUCCUCGUUAUGCAACGAAUGGAAGUUAUGCAACGAAUUGAAGGUGGAGGGAACUGCUGUAUACCAUAUUUUUCAAUUGGUUUUAACUCAAUUCUCCGAUGAUACUACCUUUAUUAUAAUCAUCGGUAACAAAUCUUUAAACCACAAACUCCAAAAACUGGCCAAUCUUUUAGCACCUGCGAUCACUAAGGCAAAUCGAUCAGUCAAACAAGCCGUCCUUCAGGCUUACGCUCAACAUAUUUUUGAAGAGCAUACUGCCUUUGUCAACAAUAUAAUACAUGGUUUUCGGCCUGCCAUACUCAUCGGAAACAGUGCCAAUUCCAUCUUCAUAUAUAAACUGAAUACUCGUGAAAUUGUAUCUUUUUCCUUGUAUAGUUUCAAUAAAGAAGAAAAACUAGUAUCAGGAAACGCUAUAUUUGCUGUGGUAUCCACAUUACUCUGUGAUCGAUAUCGAACUUCAGGGAAAAUAAAAACCGCCCUUUGGCGUUGGAACGACUGUACUAUCUGUGUUACGACUAUAGACUUAAGGAAACGAAUGAUUUGUGAAAACACAGACUAG